AUUGUUGUUGAUAAAAAGUUGUGACAACUUUUGUAAAUUUUUAACACAAAAGGUCCUUUUAUGCAGCUGUGCACUCAUAGAUUGACAGAGUGAAGUGUCAGCUUCAAAGCGACCAUGGAUUCCAAAGAUGGUGACUGGGACAAUUGGAAUGUUGAGGAACCAGGAGGGAUCGAUAAGAUGAUUGAUGCCUAUGAGAAAGCCGAUUCAAACAUCAGUCGAUCUACAGACACGAAAUCUGAUUCUCAAUUCGACCAAGGGAGCAGUUUACCUGCUGUUGAGGAUGACUUCAAAUUCAGUUUUGACGGUUACGAUAGCUACACAGAGACUCCUGACUACACAGAUGAGGAAAUGGACAGUGAUGAUGACAAAAUGACGAGUCCUAUCAUUACAAAUGGCAAACAACUUUAUGGUCUUCUGAAUAAUAAGGAUAACUCGGGAAUGGCUACAUGCGAGACGUGUGGUGCUAAGGGUAUCAGACACGCCUUCUACUCCAAAUCUAAGAGGUUCUGUAGUCUGAACUGCUCAAGGCAAAUGGCCGAAAGAAAGAGAGAGAACAAGAUGAACAAAGCAUCACAGGCUAAGGGCAGUCAAAAGAAGAAAGGUUCUAACCAUAAAAAAGCACAAAUCAACACAAUACCAUCAUCGUAUGCAAGACAAAAUGCCGCUAGAUCAUUUGACUGGGGCAGCUACCUAUCUGCCAACAAUGCCUCAGCCGCUCCGGUAACUUGCUUUAAACAUUGCCCAAUGUCAGCUGGCUGGGAUAAUAUCACAGUGGGUAUGAAGGUAGAAGUUCUCAAUACAGAUAUAGAUGUCGACCAAAAUGUCUUCUGGAUUGCAACAGUCAUCAAGAUAGCAGGAUACAAGGCCAAGUUACGCUAUGAGGGAUUUGGUGUUAAUGACUCAAGUUGUGAUUUCUGGUUAAAUUUAUGCACCCAAGAUGUGCAUCCCGUCGGUUGGUGUGCUACCAUUGGAAAGCCACUUGUGCCACCUAAAACGAUCCAAUACAAAUAUGGAGACUGGAAAGCCUUUCUUGUCAAACGUCUAACUGGAGCUAGAACUCUUCCCAAUAAUUUCUAUAAUAAGCUGAUAGAGAACAUUUCUGACAAAAAUUUCAAGAAGUCAAUGGAAGUGGAGGUCGUUGACAAGAUGUGCGUCUCCGCCAUGAGAGUGGCAUCUAUUGAUGAAAUAGUCGGAAAUAGACUCAGAUUACAGUAUGUUGAUUCAAAGGAGGAAAAUGAUGAAUUCUGGUGCCACACCCUCUCUCCCCUUUUACAUCCUGUAGGAUGGUCCUCAUCUACUGGACAUAGAUUGCAUGCGACUGCAGAGUACAAAACCUCAUCUCUAAACAAGGUGAUUACUGGAAAGUAUGAUGAAUUUGACACAUCCCCUAGUAUAUUUCCAAAGUUAGAAGAUUCAAAAAAUGGUGGCAAGUUUGAAGUUGGAAUGAAGCUUGAAGCUAUUGAUCCGCUGAAUCUAAGCACAAUAUGUGUUGCCACGGUGAUGAAAGUUUUGAAAAAACAUUACCUAAUGAUAGGAAUAGAUGGCUCUAUAGCACAAAAUGGCACUGAUUGGUUCUGCUAUCACGCCAAAUCUCCAUCCAUUUUCCCUGUUGGAUUCUGUGAUGUGAACAAUCUUGAUCUCACGCCUCCGAAAGGUUAUAAAGACACGUUUAACUGGUUCCAAUACCUGAAGGAGACCAAAUCCCAAGCUGCUCCAGUCAAGCUAUUCAAUAAGGAGGUGCCGAAGAAUGAGUUCAAACCUGGGAUGAAGCUUGAAGCUGUAGAUCUCAUGGAGCCAAGGCUGCUAUGUACAGGAACUGUUGUCAAGGUUACUGGACGUUUAUUAAGGAUUCAUUUUGAUGGUUGGGAAGAUACGUAUGACCAGUGGGUGGACUGCCUUAGCCCUGACAUUUACCCAGUGGGCUGGUGUGAGAUGGUUGGCUACCACUUAGAGGGACCUAAAUCUAAAGAUACUCAGCAACCUGUCCCAACAAUGCAGCACAUGGGAAAGAAGAAAAGAGGAAAAAAUCAGGUUUUUAGAGGACCUAGAAAAAAGAGACCCCGCACCCAGCAAGAAAUGAAGGGAUAUGAAAUUGAGGCUGAGACUGGCCUACCUGCACAUGUACAACUGACAUCUGAACAAAUAGCUGCCACACUCACACCUAUUGAGGACAUCCAGAAUCACAACAUGGGGAACAACGCAGAUGAAAAACCAGAUAUAGAGAAAAAGCCCAGUGAGCUAGCUCAGUCAUUACCCACCACUCUCAAUGCCCUCACCUCUCCAGUGAAGGUGCCUUCUAGGCCAAGCUUUCCUUCUCCCACUGGAGGUGUGGCACCUUCACCCACUCCUAUUGGUCCAACACCUGGAGGUGUUACCAAUUCAACAAAUCUGAUUGGCUCAGCUGCAGCCACAACUUCACCCACCAAAGGAGGUUAUACUCCCAGCAGUCAUAUUCCACGAGUUGUGCAAGGAGAGGGGCCUAGUCACCUUGGAGACAAAUCUAAGCCAAUUACGCCAGAGGAAUGGUCAUCAAUUGAUGUGUGCCAUUUUUUGCGUCUCAACGAAUGUGGAAAUCAUUGUGAUAGCUUCCGUAGUAGGAGUAUAGAUGGCAGCACUUUUAUAAACUUAAGUCGUGAACAAAUAGUGAAUCUAACGGGAAUGAAAGUUGGCCCAUCACUGAAGAUAUUUGAUCUGAUACAGCAGCUUCGGAACUUUGUUGCCAAGCAACCAUCAUAGCACUGGCCAGUGAGCGUCAUGGCAACUCACAUCUUUAUCUCAAACAAGCAUUCAAAUUAUACAAAUCAUUGUAAAUAUGUUACAUACUUAAUAGUUUAAAGUUAAUAGAAGGUGAAAGGUAUAAAUGGAUUUAUGGAGGUCAAACUUCAUAUUUUGAAUACAAGAUGGAGAAGAAAAGG